GCUUUACAUUGUUCCGAUUGCUAUCCUUCUUGCGAUGAUACUGGUUAUGUUGUAUUGAGUUCAAAGAGUUAUAUGUCAGCCGGUGAAUAUAAAACUGAUUUACUAUCGAAUUUCAAUGUCACGAAACAGGGUAUACUGCAUGUUUUCUUCACGAAAUAUGGUUCUAUCAGAUUGAAACAAGACUUGCUGUAUUACUGGUAUGACCUCCUAAGCGAUAUUGGCGGUAUAUGUGGUGUCUUCAUCGGCUUCAGUCUCAUCAGCGUCGUGGAGGUACUAUAUUUCCUCGUUCUCAUAUUUCUCGAUUUAUUCUGCGGAAAAUCAGCCUUGCAGGAAGACGACAAUCAGGAAAAAGAGACUAAAUCAAUUCAUAGUCCGACUAUACAAACAAUUUAUUGGAAUGAGUUAUUACCACGAUCUUGGCAAUCGGCGAACUUUUCUAACAAUGGUCAGUUUUUUAAUAACAGGCCUAGAUAAU